CACUGCCCUCCAGCACUCCACACGCCUCCAUCACAACACGCCAACCACCACCCGCCGCCGCUCCCUUGGUGUCGCUGAGGGCACCGCACCCCAUCACGCGACGGUCCUCCCGUGUUAGGACGUUAGGCACCGCGUUCUUGCUGCCGCCCACGCCUGUCGUCCCUUGCUCUGCAAGCCGUCAUGAGGCAGGAACUCCCGUGUCCUGUCCCUUAUAUGCGUGAUGACCAGUAAUGGCGACCUCAACGCAUCCCUCGACCCACCUCGAAGCCCGCGCACCGACUCUGGCACCGCCGUCCACCAGCCACCCAAGGCCGCUGAGCCUGCCGCCAUCGACAACGUGUCCGUCGCCCAGAAUGGCGACCACGACGAGAACGAGUCCGAGGCCGAGACGGUCGUGUUGUCCAAAGACGACGACGCGAGAGAGAAGCGCGUGAUCAAGACGGAGCGCGACGAUGAUGAUACGGCCCGCCUCGACUCGAUCAAAGAAAACACGCACUCGCACUCGCCCCAGAACGGCCGCAGACGAUCCAGCGACUUCCGCUCCACCAAGACGAACGGACACGCCAAAUAUGCCUCCGACGACGCGAAAAGCCCCGUGCCUACCUCGCCAAGCACUGGUUCGCGGCAGACCAAAGACACCAGCCCAGUUGGAUCGCCCGCCCGCCCGACGCUUUCACCAGUGCAAACAACUACGCGAGGCCGCAGCGCUUCCACUGUCGAAAAUCGAAAACGCAAGCUGCGUGACGAGUUUGGCAAGCUCGAGCCCCCACGACAAAAGGCCAAGACAGAAGGACUCAAAGACCGCACACAGCCAAACUCGCCCGCGACGGGAGCUUUUGGCCGCCCGCACAAGCGCUCACAAUCGACGCAGUCUGCCAUCACUGGUGCCGCAGGACGCAAACGCAAGGACAUCUCCAGUCUGGCAGUUGCAACCGAACGCUACUCGGACUCCAGCUCCGAGCGUUCAUCUUCACCACGCGCUACCGAUGCAAACCCGCACACCCGUGUCAAGCGUGGCACACACCGAGCAUUAACCUCUCCAGCAAGGACAAUGCCGCACGGCCGAAAGACUGACAGAUUCGGUGCAACGCGGUUGGCGAGAGAAAGCGAAAAGGGCGAUCUGGAUGCUGUCAAGGCAGCCUAUGAAGAGGCAGAAGGCGAGCUUAACCAAGCUGACUUUGCUGGUAUCACACCUCUUCAAAAAGCCGCCUUGAACGGAUGGGCCGACGUUGUGGAAUUCCUCAUCGAGAAAGGUUGUCGAACAGACUGCGAAUCUGGUGACCGUGAUACGCCUCUCAUCGAUGCCGUCGAAAACGGACACCUGGAGGUUGUCAGGAUCCUGCUUACUAAAGGAAACGUCAAUCCGCACCACCAGAACAAGAAAGGGCAGCGUGCCAUCGAUGUUCUGGACCGCGAAGACGAAGACUGCGAAGAGAUCGAGAAGGAGCUCAAGGAGGCAAUGAGACGGCAGACCAACACCUCCACGAUCGAGGAGCGCGAGAGACCUGGACAGAAGCAAAACAAGAGCGCUUCGCGGCUUCUUUACAACGAAUACAACAUGGAGACGCUGAUUGAGAAAGCUGGAGACGGGGACAUUCUUGCUGUGGGAGAGCUCAUCAACAGCAACAUCAAACCGAACAUCACUUGCGGCGUUGCUGCAGCAAGAGGUGGACAUUACGAUAUUCUUAGUAUUCUUCUGGCAAGUGGCCUCAAAGCCGAUCCCGAUCCUUCCAAGCACCCUGAGACGCCCAUGACCGUUGCCAUUGGACGCGGCCACAUCAAGAUCGUUACGUUGCUACUCGAGCAAGACAACUUCAACCCCACUCGGCGAAACAAGGAAGGGAAGACCUACUGGGAAAUCGCCGAAGAACGCAGAGGUCCUAGAUGGGAGGAGGAGAGGGACAUGUUAAAGCAAGCAAGCGAUGACUACAGCACAACGCACCGAAGCCCUAGAAGAGCCAAGAAAGAAGCACCGAAUCCAGCAGCGAUGCGGAUGAAGCGCAAACCCUCUCCACGCCGAGAGCGCUCGUAUUCUCCAAGACCGGAUGCGAAGCGUGUCCAAGUAAAGAAACAAGAUUCACAUUUGGCACCACAGAAAGCGAGGCGGCUGAAAUCCGGCACGGAGGUCAAGAGGCGAAAGCGCGUUGUGAGUGACGAGUCUUCUUCCGAGGAAAGCGAGGACGAAGUACGAGCCCCGACAAGAAAACCCAAGCAACGAUCUUAUAGUGAAGGCGAGGAGGAGGGCAAACCUGUCAAGAAACCGCUCAAAGCACGCUCAGACGACAACGAGACGACGAAACAUACAGUGCGCGCGAGAUCGAGGGAGAGCGAUGCAGAGAACGAUGCAAAGUCUUUGUCUCCGAAAAUCCACAAGAAGAUAGAGAAGAUCACCAGCGCCAGGCCCACGCCUGAGGUCGAGUCCCAUGACGAGCGCAAGCCGCCCAAGAACAAGAUCAAAUAUCGGACAAUCGACGACAAAAUCAAAAAGCGUCGGAUGUCAGACGCGUCGAUAGAAGGCCACAUCGCUAAGAGAACCCCUACCGCCUCUGCGAAGUCAACGCCCGGGCCGCCGGAGAGGAUUGCAACGCCAGAAAUGCUUCGUGAACGCCGCGCAGAAGAGCAACGACUGGAAGCUGAAGCCCUAAAGGCCGAAGAAGAGGAGGUUGCUCGCAAGUUGGCAGAAGAAGAGGCUCGGCAGAAGGCAGAAGCGGAAGCAAAGAUCAAACGUGAAGCCGAGGCCGAAGCUGCCCGCAAGCAAGACGAAGAAGAGGCUCGCAAGCGGGCGGAGGAUGAAGCCCGGCGACAAGAGCAGCUUGCAGCUCGGCAAGUGCGAAUUGCAAAGCUCCCACGAGCACUUCGGCGUGCCUGUGAACUGGGCACUGACCGGCCUCUGCACUUCUCUGGCGAGGAGCUGGGUGUGUCGCCAGUCUUUCUCCCUCUUCUGUAUGUCACAGCCAAGGAUCUUCGCGAUCCGAGCGCUGCCCCGGACAAGAUCUACGUCAGCUCUUUCCAGGUUGUGGGUAUUCUUGGUCUCCCCGAGCUCGAUCUCGCCCAUUUGCCUGGUCCCUACUGCGACUGGCACCGCAUUCCCGUAACUCUUAAGCAGAGAGAAGCCAUUCUGCGGCAGUACGAUGUUGCUCUUCUCGCUCAAGACAUUCGGUUCCCCAUGGAAGGAUCACCAGACUUCGACUAUGCCAAGAUACAGGAAAGCAUCAAGGAGGCUAAGAACCAGUUCCUGGCGAUGGAGGGGCUGUACUGGGUGGAAGAGUCGCUCUUCAGCUCCGAAGCAGAGAAGAUCGAGUCUCUGCGGCCCCUGCUCGCGGACAUCAAGUCUGACUGUCGGAGAAGACGCUUACAUGUCGUCGACGUGGACGAGCUCAAGCUGGAGAGGAAGCACAAGCCACGAAAGAGCUUCAUGGACAUGGUCCUUGCCCAGAACAAGUUGAACGGCCUGACCGUCAAUGGAAAAGGGUGAACAACCACACGCGCAGGCAAGAUUCCACGACACGCGGCCCAGCACGCUGCCUCACGACCACGCUGUUCAAAGCCAGAGCACUGCCUCCAUCCAUGUCCUGAGACGAGUUGCGGCGGAGGGGAACCCAGGAUCAACGUCACGAAGGCAGGAAACGAUCAGGACGGACUGAAGGAGAGGAUGGCAUGUCCCCUGCAUCGGUCUUCUGAAGUAUUGUACCUACUACGGCGGGAAGGGGGGGGGGGGGGAAA